AUGGAGCCCUCCCCCAAGGCCAGCAAGGGACCUGGGAACCCCAAUUUCUUACAUCCGGGCUCUCGCCGCCACUGCGCAGCCCAAAUCAGCACCUGGCGCAGCGGUUCCAGUGGGGCCCCCAAAAGGCUCCGCCCCGGUUUUCUCGCUGCUGUGGGGCCCACUACCAGCUAUCCGCAGCCAAUCCCGCUGUCCCCACCCAACCCAUCCCCACCAGAUAACUCUCAGCAGCCACAAAAGGGAGAUGUCACUGGCAGGCCUGUGCAGUUUCUGUCCUUGGCUCCCUCCCCCGGCGUCGGGCCGCUGGACAUCCUCAAGUUGGGGACUUGGAGGCCAGACCGCCCCCUAGGGAGCCCUCCAAGGUCAGCUAAGGACCUGGACGCCCCAAUUUCUUACAUCCGGGCUCUCGCCGCUACUGCGCAGCCCAGAUCGGCGCCAGGCGCGGGACUCCGCCCUCCUCGUUGCUACGGUAACGCGCGGGCGGACCGGAAGUUAUCAGGGCGGCAUCCUUGUUGCUGUGGCAACGCGCGGGCGGACCGGAAAUUGCCCGGACAACUUCCGCCUCGCGGCAGACUUCCGCGUGCGCACUUAGAAGGGAAGAAGAUGGAAGGUGAAUCGAGCAGCCUAGAAGGACUCAGGGCUGUGUUUGACAAGAAGAAGAAAAAGAAACAAAAGAAGAAGCAGCAGGAUUCCACGGGGGAGCCACUCUCCCAGGGUGUCUCCAGACACCCCAUUGUGCCAGGGGAACAGUCCUGGGAUGUUAGGAAGAAGAAGAAGAAAAAGAAGAGGAAGAGGGAGUCCCCGCCUCACUCAUCCCCACUCCCAGAAUCAGAACUCAACCCCGAGUCUGGGGCUCCCCGCAAAAAGAAAAGGAAAAGUGCCUUUGGGGUGGACGCGGAAACAGGAGUUAUGUACGUCCUGGUGGACAGAGAAAACAUUGAGAACGUGCCCAAGAAUUUCCGGAAGAACACUGAUGUCAUCUAUGUGGACGUGAGCAAGACCCGCCAGGCCUCCUCGGGGCCCCUAGCCUGGGAGUCCCCCACUGCAGCCGCUCAGAAGGAGCCCGAGAAACCGCAUCAUCUGGCCAAGAAGAAAAAAAAGAAACGGCCUCGUGAUAUGGUGCUGGAGAGCCCCUGGAGUGUACCCCAGGAAAAUGACAGAGUUCAGGACAGCCCACCGUGUACACCCCCCCAUGCAUCUUGCAGUGUGAUGUGGGAGAGCCUGAGCACCCCCACCCCCCAGCAGCUGAGAGAAUCCUGCGUGUCCAAAACUCCACCAGAACGGCAGGACAGAAAGAAAGUGAAGAAAAAAAAGGCCCAGACUCUCGAUACCCCGAACCCCCAGGUUUUGGGAAGCAGGUGCCUGGAGACUGAGCCAGUAGCCUCUGUGGAGGCAGCCACAGAGGGCAGCACUGAGUUUGGCCGCUGGAAGAAAAAGAAGAAGAAGAAGAAAAAGAAAAGGAAGUCACAGGCUGCUGGAGAGGAUGUGGGGGGACCUGCAUCCCAGCUGAGCCCCAGUACCCAGGACCCGCCCUCAGAGUCUGAGGGAGGCAGCAGAACAGUGGGGGUGGAGGAAAGCACUGGGUCCAGGCUAGAAGAAGAGCCAUCCAGCCCCAGGUCACAGCUUGAGCCCGAGAGAGAAAGAUCCACAGGCGUAGCUGGCGGCAACAAGAGCAGGUACCUCGCAGAACAUUCCCAAGACUUGGGUGACUCGGACGUGGACCUGGGCUCGGCUGUGAGGCAGCUGCAGGAAUUCAUCCCCAACAUCAGGGACCGGGCGGACACCACGAUUAAGCGGAUGUACCGCGACGAUCUGGGGCGCUUUAAGGAGUUCAAAGCCCAAGGUGUCACUAUCAAAUUUGGCAAGUUCUCCGCCAAGGAAAAUAAGCAGCUGGAGCAAAAUGUGCAUGAGUUCCUGGCGCUGACAGGCAUCGAGAGCGCGGAAAAGCUGCUGUACACAGACCGGUAUCCCCAGGAAAAGUCAAUGAUUACCAAACUGAAAAGGAAAUACUCCUUCCGGAUGCACAUAGGGAAAGACAUUGCCCGGCCUUGGAAACUUGUCUACUACCGAGCCAAGAAGAUGUUUGACGUCAAUAAUUACAAAGGCAGGUACAGCCCAGGCGAGGAGAGGAAGUUGAAGGCCUACCACUCUCUGCACGGGAAUGACUGGAAGAAGAUUGGCGAGAUGGUGGCACGCAGUAGUCUCUCAGUUGCCCUCAAGUACUCCCAGAUCAGCAGUGAAAGAAACCACGGUACUUGGAGUAAAGAGGAAACUCAGAAGCUCAUCAAAGCCGUGGAAGAAUCUAUCCUGAGGAAAAUGUCUCCCGAAGAGCUGAGGGAGGUAGACUCUGAACUCCAGGAGCACCCUGAGCGCCGCCUGUCCAUCGUGCGGGAGAAGCUGUACAAGGGCAUCCCGUGGGUGGAAGUGGAGGCGCGAGUGCAGACCAGGAAUUGGAUGCAGUGCAAAAGUAAGUGGAUGGAAAUCCUCACCAAGAGGAUGACGAAUGGGCAGCGAGUGUACCAAGGGGCCAACGCACUGCAGGCCAAGGUCAACCUUAUUGAGAGGUUGUACAAGGUCAAUGUGGAAGAUGCUAAUGAGAUCGAUUGGGAAGACCUGGCUAGUGCCAUUGGUGAUGUCCCUCCGUCCUACGUUCAGACCAAAUUCUACAAGCUAAAGGCCACCUGUGUUCCCUUUUGGCAGAAGAAAACUUUUCCAGAAAUCAUAGACCAUCUUUACAAAGUCACUCUCCCUCUGCUGAAGGAAAAGCUGGAGAAGGUGAUGGAGAAAAGAGGCGCCGAAAUCCAGAGUCCUGCAGUGCCCAAGCCAACCUUCCACUUCCAGGAUAUCUUCUAUUAUGCCGACGACAGCGAGGGGGAUGAGGGGGACAAGGGGACUGAGUGCAGCUGAGGAUGGUGUGUCAGGACAGUGAGGAGUCAAGGUGACCAGGCUAGUGCUUUCUCCUCGUUAUUCUAGAGCCGCUCAUCUGUCUGUCUGCAUGUGUGUCGGCAAAGCUAUUCUUGUGACUGGUGUUUACUGAAGAAUGUUCAGAGGCCAGAUGUGCCUUGUCAGUGUAAGACAUUGCUGGGACAAA